UGAGUUUUCAUUAUAUUUUUUCAACCCUAUCCAAAAUAGUAAGCGAGACAAUAAUAGUGGCAGAGAGAACAUUUGUUAGCCUUACUACUAACAAAAUUAAAUGAUAACUUCUUUUAGUGAGAUUUGGAAAUGAUACUUUAAUCUGUGGAUCACAAUCGCACUGGUAUAUUAAUGAGCAGUAGGUAAUUUCUAUUUCUAAUUUUUUUUUUUCUUUCUUAAAUGGAAAUGGAAAUCGAACUCAUUAAUUACCUAACGGAACUAGUAUUAAAUUUGUGGUCAUCAAGACAGCGGGGCCAAAAGAGUCAAUCAGGGCGAAUGAGUUGUCGUCUUUUAAAAGCAGGAGAGACUGCAGUCCAGCAGAAAGCAAAACAAAAGAGAGAGAGAAUAUGGCACCGCAUGCAAUAAUGGUUUCAUUCCACCUUCAAGGCCACAUCAUCCCCUUCGUCAACCUCGCCCUUAAGCUUGCUUCCAAGGGCUUCUCCAUUACCUUCGCCCACCUCCACUUCGUCCACCAACACAUCUCCCAAUCUCAACACGACGCCGAUCCCUUCGCCGCUGCUCGCACCUCCGGCCUCGACAUCCGCUACACAACCUUCAGCGACGGCUUCCCCCUCGAUUUCGACCGCGCCUUCGACGCCGAGUAUUUGAAGUUUUUCCGCGAUGGAUAUCCGGAUAAAGUCGAUCAACUGGUCGGGAAGAUACUGCAGUCUGAUUCUUCGACUGCAGCUUCUAAUUAUUUCUUGAUUGCUGAUACAUUCUGUGCUUGGCCGGAGAAAAUCGCCAAGAAAUAUGGCCUCGUGAAUGUGUCUUUCUGGACGCAGCCGGCCUUAGUUUUCAGCUUGUAUUAUCACUUGGAACUUCUCAGGGGAAAGGGCCACGUCCCCGUCGACGGUCGCCGUGAAAUGGUGGACUACGUGCCCGGCGUCGACUCCAUCAAUACCAAAGAUUUCAUGUCGUAUUUACACGAUACAGAGCUGGAGGUGAUACACGACGUCAUUUUCCGGGCGUUUGAUGCAGUGAAAAGCGCGGAUUUCAUACUCUGCAACACCGUGGAAGAGCUCGAAGCAGACACAAUAUCAGCUCUGCAGCAGAAGCAGCCAUUCUAUGCUAUCGGUCCACUAUUUCCGGCCGAUUUCGCCACCAAGUCCAUCGCCAGGAGCCUCAUGCCCGAAGCUAACUCCGCGGACUGGCUUAAUUCAAGGCCGCCGCGAUCAGUUUUGUACGUUUCUUUUGGUAGCCUUGCGAAGACCGAUAGAAACGUGAUUGCCCAAGUCGCCGGCGGCCUUUUACUGAGUGGAGUGAACUUCAUAUGGGUUGUUCGGCCUGGAAUGGUGGAUUCCGGCGGUGGUGGUGGUGGUGGAGUUCUGCCGGAAGGAUUUGAAGAUAUGACGAGAAAGAGAGGGCUGAUGGUGCCGUGGUGCAGCCAGAAUGAGGUGCUGAGCAAUCCGGCCAUCGGCGGAUUCUUGACUCAUUGUGGAUGGAACUCCAUUCUUGAGAGUGUGUGGUGUGGGGUUCCGAUUAUUUGCUAUCCGUUGUUUACGGAUCAAAUCACGAAUAGGAAAUUGGUGGUGGAUGAUUGGAAGGUGGGGAUUAAUCUGUGCGAGGGAGAAGGCAUUAUUAACAAAGAGGAAGUUGCAGAGAAGAUAGAGUUUGUGAUGAGUGAGAAAAGGUCAGAAGAGAUGAGACAGCAAAUGGAGAAAGUGAGAAGGACACUUGAAAAUGCAACAAGCGUGGAUGGAUCUUCGGAGCGAAACUUUGAUCGUUUUGUUGAGGAUGUGUCCCACCAAAUUUUCAGCUGAUACACUCUAUUGCUGAUGCUAUAUUCAAGACUGUCAGUUCGCUAUUCAAUGCAUUCCCAGCAGCUACAGAGUGUAUGCAAGCAUUCCCAUUUCCCAUUCUCAACUGUUAUACACAUCAUAUUAACAAUGACUGUAUUUCUAAUGUUAAAAUGUCAUCAAGUUCUUAUUUAGCAAAAUUCUGCAAAUCAAAGGGAAGCUCACAACUAAAAUUGAACGAGUACUUCAA